AUGUCUGACAAACAGAGCAGCCAGGCAUCCCAGAGGAAACCAUCCACCAACAAGAACAUCAAGAAGCUCCGCACAAUUAGCAUGGUGUGCGGCCUGACGAGCAGCUGGCAGCAGUGGGUGACGGCGAACGAGACAAAGCAGGCCAGCGAACCCGCUGGCUGGGCUCCAUCUUCACUGGGAAGACUAACAGAGGAACCCAAGAAGACAUGGGUCCCCAAGAAACCUCCUACCUCUAAAACCCAGCCUACAGAAAUUCCUCAAAAUAAUGCAACUACUUCUGGAGAAGCUCAAAAGACAUCAACUCCUCACAGGAAGGUGCAGGAGGUUAUGACCUCGGCUGAGCCACCAGUGGAGUCUCGUAUCAAGACGAAGCAGGUGGUGAAGACGGUGACCAGCGGGGUUCAGGAGAAAAGUGCAGGCAUCGAGCUCCUGACCGAGAAGAUCAAGGGUGAGGCUCUGCCAUCAGGAGAGGAGAUUGACAGGCUGCUGAAGAAGAAAAGUUCACCCACGCGCCGCAGGAAGUGCUCCAACAUGGUUUCAUCACUGACCAAAAGCUGGAAGCAGGUGGAGAAUGAGCAGAAGCUCGGGGAAGAAGGAGGAGGACCAGGAGAGGCAGACACCAGUAGUAUAGAUAAGGAGGAGAGUGGACAUCCUGAGACAGAGAAGGAGAGACUGGACAUACUGGACACUGAAACACAAACUGAAAACUUUUUAGAAGAAACAGAGCAAAAAGACUGUGAAGGAGACUCUGAAUCAGCAGUGAAGAUUAAAAGACCUGCAGUCCCAACGUACAAAAAGGAAGCUGAAGAUGCCAACAAGAUCAAUGCUCUCUCCAAGAAAUACAGUGCCGUGGGAAAUCUCAAAAGUCGCUGGCAGAACUGGGCCUCAGAGCACACCGUCAACCAGAGACUAAACCCCUUCAGUGAAUACUUUGACUAUGAUUACUCCAUGUCUCUCCGCCUCCAGAAGGGUCAGGAAGGUUACGGACGCCCCAAGGAGGGUACUAAAACAGCGGAGAGAGCCAAACGUGCCGAGCAACACAUCCACCGUGAGAUCGCCGACAUGUGUUACGUGAUCAGGACUAUGGCUGAUCCGGACCCAGACGGAAAGACCCGCAUCACAUUCGGACAGCUGUUUGACAGAUACGUCCGGAUCUCUGAUAAGGUGGUGGGGAUUCUGAUGAGAGCCAGGAAACAUGGGAAGGUUGCGUUCGAAGGGGAGAUGCUGUGGCAGGGCCAGGAUGAUGGAGUGAUCAUUACUCUGCUGGUGUGAUAUUAACGCCUGGGUCAAUGUUGUACUGGAAAUCCUCUUAACGCUUAAUUGGCUGGCACUGUGGAACUUGUGAAAUAACCUCAGGCAUUAUCAGACAGCUAAGAGGAGGAUUAAAAAUACAAUUUGGCCUGGGUCUGUUCAGCGGACACUUGCAGAACAAUAACAUGGGGAUACAGAGACUACAAAGUUUAGUGGAUAAGUUGAUGUGGAUUAUGCAAAGAAUUUUUUACUGCUAUUUUUGUAGAUACUUGAAAACUCUUCCUGUCAGUGUUGUGGAUGUGUGAGUUGUAGCUGUCAUGCACAUAUUUUGGGAAAUCUCCAAAGACUUUGAAGUUCUAAUUCACAAGCUCUGGAAGCUCCAGAGAGAUAACAUCCUAGCUUUUGGCUUCUUAUGCUUCCAUUCAUACAUGCCUCUUUUGCACUUUCUUUAUGGCUUAUGUUAAUGAGAUAUUUAAGGAUGUGUUAAUAUAACACAUAACAAGCAGCUUUGCAGUAUACUGUAGCACAGUAAUUCAAACACACAUUGGGUUUCAUUGCCUGAAUUCCUGCAGCUCAGCAUUCAUUACACUGUACCAGGCACAAUGCAGGGGAACAGAGCAGACCACAGCACUUUUACAUCUCAUGGCCUGUUAUACUGAGGUUCUUAUAAUUAAUGUAAAGGAUGAUUGUGACUGUCUUUGGAUAAGGAAAAACUUGCCUUUUCACUUUCAGUUAUUGAAUUUUUGAGGAAUGUAUCGGGGUUUGUAAAUGGACAUACAGAACACCCCUAAUGUUGGGAGUUACUGUUAGUAUUAAACUGGAGACAAAUUGAAGAUGAUAUUUGUUUUCUAUUUUGAAACAAUUUCA